UUUCCCACCAAUUUUUAUUUCUAUUCAACUCCCAACCAUUCCGUAUUCGACAAUCGCCACCUGCCCCUUAUCUUUCUCUCUCUCUCUCUCUCACUCACUCACCACUCUCUCUUGCGAUGGCCACCGUCCUCAGAACUCCCACAUUCCGACCACAACUCACCACCGCCACUCCAUCCUCUUCCAAUUACCAUAAGACAUCAAGAGUUUCGGUCACGUUCUCCAGGAGGAACCCGUCACCACUCAGCAUCCUCAGGUUCCCUUCCAUUCCCUCCCUGCGCUUCGUUAAGUUAGUACCCUUUGCUUUUGACGGAGACUCCGAGGCCCCUCAAGUUCAAGAACCACCAGAGGUUCAGGUUCUGGACUCUUCAGAUGGCGCCAUUGGUGUGGAGGAUAGUGCAGGUGACGAUGAGUUUAGCGACGCUGGUGAAAUACCUUCUUCACCUUUGAUAGUAUUGCUGCAGUCUUACAAAGAAGCCUUAGCUAAUAAUGAUGAAGUCAAAGUUGCUGAGUUGGAAUCAUCAUUAAAAUCCAUCGAUGAUGAGAUAGUAGGCCUUGAAGGUAAAAUAGCUUCUUUAUCUGAAGAAUUAUCAAUCGAAAAAGAUCGGAAACUAAGGAUUGGUGCCGACUUUGACAAUUAUCGGAAGAGGACUGAGAGAGAUCGCCUUUCACUGGUCACAAAUGCUCAAGGGGAAGUUGUGGAGAGUUUGUUGCCUGUAUUAGAUAAUUUUGAGAGAGCAAAAGCUCAGAUUAAGGUGGAGACAGAGGGAGAGGAGAAAAUAAACAACAGCUAUCAGAGCAUAUAUAAGCAGUUCAUUGAAAUUCUAAACUCACUUGGAGUUGAACCAGUGGAGACGGUUGGAAAACCCUUUGAUCCAAUGCUACAUGAAGCAAUCAUGCGCGAGGAUUCUGCUGAAUUUGAAGAUGGCAUCAUAAUUCAAGAAUUCAGAAAGGGUUUUCAACUUGGUGACCGCCUCUUACGUCCAUCCAUGGUGAAGGUAUCAGCUGGUCCAGGACCUGCAAAGCCGGAACAAGAAGUAUCGCAGGAAGAACAAGUCACAAAUGAAAUUUCUCAGGACAGCAAAGAGAAUGAUGGCAGCACAGAAACAGAGUCUGUUUAAAAGGACAAAACUCUGCCUGGAUUCAGUUUUGUACAAGUAUAUCAGUUUAAUCUUCAGGAACACAAUGAUGGGGUGUAACAGUUGCUCAAGAAAUAUUCCUGCCGAGUUUCCUUUUAAGGGGAAUUAUUAUUAUGAGAUUUUGAAUUGUGAUUUCAGAUUUUUAUGUCCUUGGCUCCUUGCUUGGCUUUGGUAGAGAUGACUAAAUUUCCAGAGGUACGGUGUUUCUAAUACGACCCCGAUUAAGUGCUUGGCACCUGGAGUUGAGAGUAUUAGUGUGAACUUUUAAAUUAAUGUUUUAUAAUAAUGAUAUAAUUUCUUCAUCAUAUUGCACAUUAUGUAUUCUUUGGUUAAGUUAGAAGCAAUUGUACUUCAUGUACUUAAAGGAUUUUUUAAUAUAAAUGCAAACCCAAUAUAGACA